UAUAUAUAGUCGAUUUUAAGAGUUUUCAGGAGUCUGUUAAAAUAAUAUUAAUCACUUUUCACUAUAACUUAAUGUAUGUUUGAGUUAUUAGUGCAUAAAUCUUUGUGAUUUGUUGCUUUCCUACGAAGAGAUAAAAUGGCCUGUGUUGAUUUACCAUCAGCUAAUGCUGAUUCGGAAAUGGAAGAAGGAGAAAUUGUGGAUGAAGUGGAUUAUCUCUCUGAUAUAUCUUCCGACGAAGAGUUUCUGUUAAGGCAGAGGUUGAAGGUUCUAGAAAAUUAUAAUAACGCAUUGGAACGUAAGGAAGCCAAGAGGACAUCAAUCGGGUCAGGUAAGGAACAUGGAAACAAAGAUGCACUGUAUGGACUCUCUGAAAUUUCUGGUACUGAUGUAGAUGAUGGCUUUCUUAAAACAAAAUUUGUUAUUACCAAAGAAAAAAAACAUAUCAAACCACAUCAUAAACAAAAGCGAAUGAAGCAAACUGAUAAAGAAUGCGGCAAGAAUAAAGAACACCGAAAGAAGAUUUAUCGUAACAGAAAGAAAGUGGAAGUGAGUAGCGAUAGUGCAGCUAGUGAAUUUUCUGAUGAUGAUUACAAAAAUAAGAGACGUAAACUUGCUGAUGCAGUUGCCUUGAAUAUUGUUAAGAAUGACACAUCGACAUUAAAAGACAGAUUAUCUAAGAUGUUAUGCAUAUCAAAAGCUGAAAAUCUUAUAUCUGAAUGUAAAAGUAGCGCUCAAGAUCACGAAUUCAGUAAUGACCACAUCAAAGCAACACUAAAUUCGAACACUUCAGACAAUCUAGCUAAUUUGUGCAUAGACGGAGUUUCAAAGUCAAGUCAGAUUGAAGAUAGUCCGAAAGACAUUGUGGAUGCAAGUGUCAUUGAUAAAAAAGAAGAAAACAGCGUGGAAAAUUCAGAUGAAGACCUAGAAUUGCUUCGACAAUGUGCACUUAAAACCAAAUCUGUUAAAUCAAAAAAUGACCAAAAAGUAAUGAAUGAUAAACUUGAACAUAAGACUGAUGCUUUAUCUGAAGACGAAGAUAGUGAUACGGCGGAACUGAGAAUGAUUUGCCUUAAAUCAACGUUAUUGAAAAAAGUUAUUGAAUUGAAACAGAAACAAAAAUUACAUAAAAGACUUUCACAUUCUGCCAAUAUGAAUGAUUUUGAUAUAUGCAGACCGGAAAAUGAUUUACAUGUAGAUAACAAUACCGAUAUAGAAUCUGUAGACAUGGACAUUGGCUCUGAAGGCGAAGAUAAAGGAAAAGAAUUAAUAAAUGUCUGUACAUUCAAUGGUCCUAGGAUAAAUAAUAGUGAAGAAAAUAAUAUCAAAAACAGUUUACGUAAAGAAGAUGAAUUAGAAGAGGACGAAGACUUAUUACGAGCUAAACUAUUAACUUCAUUAAGUAAAAAUCUGCCAAAUUUAGUUGACCUAAAUGUUUUGAAUUCUGCUCUCGGCAAAGAAACAGCUAAAGUUGAGAAAAAGAAAAGUCCUUUACAACCUAAUGCGAGCGUUGAGGAAAAGAAAUUUAUAAUCAAACUCGGAGAAUCUGAUUCUGAAGGUGAACACGAAGCAACAAAAAAUUUAACGAAAAUGCAUAUUAAAUUAUCCGAACAAGCAGAGUUUCAACAGAAAUUGGAUCAAUUUUUGAAAACAACUAGAUUAGAAGUCGAAAAAACAACGCUACCAGAUGUUGUACAAGAGCCUGUGCCAAAACCACAAGAGAAGUUUAUUGCGAAGACCAUGAACCAUUUACCAAAAUCGGAACAGAUAGAAUAUAAAAACUUAGUAAAACGAAUGGCUGAGCUCGAGAAAAUGAAACAAACUAGGCAAAAUUUAAUGAACGUGAAAAAUAAUGUGGCUAAAGACACUCUUAAGCCUAGAAAUUUCACAAUGGCAUCCAAAAUAGCUUCUGCUAAAAAAGUGGAAGAAAAGAUUGCUUUAUCGAGAAAAAGGAUAGCAGAAGAAUCAGCGAAAAUGUUGAAAUUGAAAGAGGAGGCGACAAAAUUAUCUCAGCGAUAUAAAAUUGUUGCCACUGAAUUAAAAAAUAUCGCGACUGCAAUAACGAUUAAUAAAAAACAACAAAAAACCGUACAGAUUGGCUUAACUAAAAUUAGGCAUCAACAUCAAAUGCUCCUGAAAAGUUCGCCAACUAAACAUUCCAAUCAAAAUUUAACUUCAGGGCGGUCGAUUCAGAAUGCACUGCCGAGUGUAAAAUUACAAAAAGAAAAUGAUCCACUGAACGAGGAACACAAAAAUUGUGCCGUUCUCACGUCCGUCAAAGUGACUGUCGCUAAUGAUCUCAAAAAAGAAGCCGCCCCUGUUAGUCCUAGAUCUGUUCAAGUAGAAACGAUUAAUAAUAAAAAAAAUAUGAAAUUGCCAAAAAGUCCACAAAAAGACAAAGUAGUUGAAAUGAAGAAACUUAGUCCAAAUAAAAGUGUUAACGAAGAAAGUAUAAAUGAUAAGAUGUUCAGUUACACUUUGGAUAAGGAUACAGACAGCGACCGAAAUUCACCAAAGUCUAAAAGUUUUAGUUGCAUACAACCAGAAUUAGAUGAUUAUAAAUCGCCAUUGGACUCAUUGCAAUGUAAAAAGUGUAUUAAAAAAACGAGAGUAAAUAAACAUUCAAAGUAUCGUUUCCGCAACUGAAUAUAAUGUGGAUGGCCAUAUGCGUACGAACAUCGCCCGCCUGCGUUGCGAUGUAAGUAUGCAUCAAAACUGUCCACGGGUCACAUUAAACUAUCGUAAUUUUUCUAAAAUGAUAACUUUUCAGCUGGGAGGAGGACCCGAAUGCCGUCCUGUGCCCUUUCGAAUUUGGCGGCAGUUGCAGAGACCCUGAUUGCAAAUACCUUCAUCCCAAAAUUCCCAAACAAGAAUGACACUACACACACACGUACACGUACGCACACACUGCCCUACAUACAAAUAUACGUAAACAACACUACUCAUAUUAAAUCUUUUUCCUGUACUACGUACUUUUCGUAUCAUCCCCGAGGGCCUAUGGAUGCCAUUAUGUGUAAAGUAUUUAUGUAGAUCUAUUUCUUCUUUCAUGCAUGCAAUUUUUUAUUUUUUUAUUUAAUAUUUAUUCAUUUUAAUGUUUUCAAAAAUUUAUGUUAUUUUAAUGCAGGAAAAAUAAUAUUCCAAAUUCGUUAGGUUAGAGUGUGGGUGUGUUGAUUGUUGGGUAAAAUCGUUUCUCAUAAAAUUGAAAAUAGGGGUUAAGAAUACAAAUGUAACUUUAAUAUUGAAUGUCAUUGAUAAGGAAUAUUAAGUUAUUUAUGUUUAUCUAUGCAAUUCUAGUUGCCGUUGAAAAUGGUGGCCUCGGCGUCGGUGUGGUAAGUUACGAACCUUUAAACUAGUGAUAUUGUAGUGGUUUUCAAAGCGUCGGCGGUGAUAUAAGAGCGACUGAUCCAGCGUUAAUGGUAAACUGUUGUGGACAUUUUACGUUAUAAGCUUGUUUUUAUUUACUUUAAUAAAUUAAUUGUACAUAGUGUAA